AUGCAACCAGAGCCCAUCGCCCUUUCCCAAAAGACGCUCCCCGUUGACUCAUCUCAACUGAACCGCACUCCUACCCAGCAUGGAAAUGACUCUGCAGAUGGUACAGUCUCUGGCAGUCUCGAGUGCGAGGCUGUCAGAGACCAGUCGGUUUCAAACUGGCCCCUCGCGGAGUCCAGUUCCACACCCCUGAAUGACGUCGAGUCCGCCCCGCCCUCGCCUGCGCAACGCAUAAGCCAGUAUGAGAAUGCCGGACUAUCUAGAGGCGAAAGCGCCGAGCUUGGAUCCCAUGUUGCACCAUCUUCUGGCUCUUCAAACCUGCCCUUGGAGUCGUUACCGAACGAGGUUCUGACUCAUAUUCUAUCGCACCUGCCUCCGCAGUCGCUUUCGGCCAUAACUUUGGUAUCUCGUCGGCUCUAUGCCCUUGUCACCACUCCGCAUGCCUGGAGAAUUGCUUUUUCGCGUUUCUUCCCUGGUCCUCAGGCUGCUGAAAAUGGAGGAUCCCCGGUAGACCAGGCCGACGUGGCCUCAGAUAGAAGAUAUUUCGCAAGACUCACGGCGCUAGCAUCCUGGCGCAGUGAAUAUAUUCUCCGAACCCGUCUGAUGCGAUCGUUAUCUCGAGGCAAACCGGCACAAUUUCAACUGUCGAAGAAAUACGCCACUGUGCGCUCCGCAGUCGCGCGCAACGGCAGUGCAGUUUCCACAUAUACGUCGCAGCUCUUGUUUCCGGUGAGCCAUAUUCAUGGAACUUUCAACAAUCCUGAUAAAGAGCCGAGCUUCAUACAUGGUGCUUCGGAACAAGGAAUCGCUUCUGCAAGUGAUCCCUCGGCUGUGAAGGUGAGCACCUGGGGGUUGGCAGACCAUCAGAUGUUUCGGCAUUUCGCGGAUAUCUUUCCUGGAGAUGCGCAGUAUGGCCUUGGAGCAGGAGAGAUGGUGGGCAUGCCUAAUUCCAUGGAUGUCAGCCAGCCAUACGGUAUGAUAUACGGAGAGGGCUGCCCGCAAGGCCGCAGUUACUUCAUCUCAACUACGGAGCAACGUGGCCGCUUCCUGGGAUUGUCUGAUCUUGGUUCUCAUCCUCAACUGGGAAUUCCAGCUGUGAAUAUGAUUACUCAUGCGAUCUGCUCUGUUUGGAUCGCCAAAUCUGCUUCCAUUCUGAAAGCAACCGGGGGGCUGGUAGCCAUGAUGUCUGGCUCAUCUUCCGGUAUACUAUCUUCCUAUGCCCUGGGCCCCCAUCCAACGUAUGAGAGGCGAUAUGAACGUGGGCAGGUCACUGCUAGGUGGGCUCUUUGUCCCGGCGUUCCCAUCAUUGGCAUUGCUGUAGAUGACAACUUUUCUACUCGUCGCCAUUCUCAGCGCCGGGUCUGGGCCGUCGUCCUAAAUGCACUGGGUGAAAUUUUCUAUCUGACGGAGAUACCACGCCAGCCUGAGGUCCCAUCAAAUGCGAAGCUAAAUGCUGAGCAGUCAGAUGAGCUCGCCUGGAAGACUGGUCGGACUGUUCGCUGGGAGCUCUUGGAAAUGAGCCGGCGCACGGCGCGCCCUGACCCCUUCAACCUUGAGCUCGUCGACGGCAGCUAUAGCCCACGGUCCUCAUCAGACUCAAUGCAACUUGACCCAAAUCAAAUCGCUGCGGAGACAAGAGAAAUCGAGAAGUACCUAUCUUUCAAGCCCAAGCACUUCCGAAAGGUAGAUUUUGCUGGUGACGAUGGAAAGGGUGCCGGUGAGUCGGUCGUCGUCCUUGUACCAGGCACAGAAGGGGUCCAGGAUGCAUCUAUCCGGCGAUUUAUUCGGGGCACCUCUGAAACACACCUUCCCUCGUCAACCACUGGCGGUAGCCGAGAUCCAGUCCGCUCUCUCUUUGGCGGCCCGGUGGGCAAUUCAAGUCCAUCACUCGGCGAAGAGAGCAUUCCGCCGUCUCGCUCCUCCGUGCGAUCAGCGCACGAGAACCCACCUCUCAACACGGAAUGGCGGGUCUCGGAUUUCGUGUUUGGCGAUCGAAAACCCGUGGAGAUCACGACCGCUGCGAUUGAUAACUCAACAUUUGCUACGAUUACUGCUGACGAGGAUCCCCUUCUGGGUAUGUCUGGGAGCUCCCAUUCCUCUGCGAUCUCUUCGCCAGUACUGCCGCAUCUUGCACAGCCACGUUCCAGCUUUGAGGUUCCUGGGCAACGGGCCCGUUACCUGGCCGUUGGAACCGCUACUGGCUCUAUUUUUGUCUGGGACAUGCGUGCUCUGGCCUCCCAACACGCCGAUGUAAUCAAUUCCAUUGCUCCGGUUCGCGUUAUUCAGACAGAAUCGCCUCGGGUGUCUUGUGUGGCGUUGACCUCACUCUACUUAGUGCACGGCGGUAACGAUGGCCUUGUACAGGCUUGGGACCCGCUUGCAUCUUCGACGCGCCCAAUUCGGACUUUGAAUUCGCGCUUCUCCUCUCGGGCUCGCCGACGUCUCGUACAGGCGGAGCUUUCUACCCUUGGUGUGGGGAACAAUUACUUUGCUGCAAGCGCUAUAUGCCUUGAUCCUGAUCCGACCGUUCUUCGAGGCAUGGUAUCGCUGGGUACCCAUCUACGUUACUGGUCCUACAGUUCUUCCGGUGCCGAUCAAUACAAGAGCAAUAAGCGGCGUCUUCGUCGCACUGCGCGCAGCAGUAACGGCGUGGGCGAUGGUCAACGCUUCACGACAAGUGGGCGUGGUGCGAUUCAAGACUUCAUUGAGGAUGAACGCAUCGAGAUUGAGCGCCAGAGUAUCGAAGAUGCGAAGGAGCGAGCACACCUCAGUAACCGCUUUGGGGUUGAUCUGCUCGGGCCGGAUGUUGAUGAAGAACAGUUGCUGGCCUAUGCGCAGCUACUCAGUGAAGAGGCCUACACUAGCGCCUCCGCUAAGCGCGGUGAUCAGACUGCUAUUGCCAGUUCCGUCACCAGUACUUCUCUCAGCGAUGCGGUGGGUCCCAGCUCGUUUGGCAUUGGCGGUGUAUCCUCUUCUUCGUCGCCUAAUCAAGAUCCCAUCGACGAUCAAGUUGAUGACGAUCUUGCUGAGGCUAUCCGUCUUAGUCUCCUCGACAGCAAGGCAACGCCCGAGCCUUUCGAUCAAACACCAUCUAUUCCUAUCAAAUACGCCAAGGGCGUCCAGAAACAACUCACCCCUUCGCCUCCUCGAAUGGCAAGCGCGGGACGUAGCGAUCAAAAGGAGAUGGACGACCUUGAGUUCGCAAUUCAGUUAAGUCUAGCGGAGAACCGGAGUCGUGAGGAACCAGAAGAAUGGGAGGAAUUCCCCGCUCUCUCGCCACCCUUGUCUUCGACUCGGUCUUCUGGAAAGGGCAAGGGGAGGGCGAGAGCGUGA